AUGUUUCCUCGUUGGUCGGCGCUUCUUCUUGUUCUUCUUUUUGUCUUGUGUAGCUCAGGAGCAAAGGUUGUCACAAUUGAUGUAAACGCAGCCAAGGCUCUCAUUCACACUGGCUCAGUUUAUCUUGAUGUUAGGACGGUGGAAGAGUUCGAGAAGGGGCAUGUGGAUGCAGUUAAUGUCCUUAACAUUCCAUACAUGUUGGAUACACCAAAGGGCAGGGUGAAGAACCCGAACUUUCUUAAGGAGGUUUCAUCGGCUUGCAACAAAGAAGAUCACCUCAUUGUGGGUUGUCAAAGUGGGGUGAGAUCUCUGUAUGCAACUACUGAUCUUCUAGCUGAUGGUUUUAAGAAUGUGAAUGACAUGGGAGGAGGUUAUAUGGGCUGGGUUAAAAACAAGUUGCCAGUGAAGACCCUAUUACCUAAAGAGGAGCUAUAA